CGUUCGUGCUUAGAAAAGAAAAGGGAACCUCACUCACUGGCCAUGGAGAGACAGGAGCAGUGAGCUCAGAGGCUCCCGGGACGUGUUGUUAUUUAUGUCCUCCCCUCCCCCCAUCCGUGCUGAACACUUGUUGCGAUGCAGCAUCUUCUCCAGUACGUCGCGUGUUUCUUCGCUUUCUUCUCGGCCGGGUUUUUGAUAGCAGCCACCUGGACAGACUGCUGGAUGGUGAAUGCUGACGACUCCCUGGAGGUGAGUACGAAGUGCCGCGGCCUGUGGUGGGAAUGCGUCACCAACGUCUUCGACGGGAUUCAGACCUGUGACGAGUAUGACUCCAUAUUUGCCGAGCACUCCCUGAAGCUGGUGCUGACCAGAGCCAUGAUGAUCACAGCGGACAUCCUGGCUGGGUUUGGAUUUGCCUUCCUGCUCCUGGGUCUGGACUGUGUCAAAUUCCUCCCGGAGGAGCCCACCGCCAAGCUGCGCAUCUGUCUCGUGUCUGGAGUGAUGUUGCUCAUAGCAGGCUUCCCCGGCCUCAUCGGCUCCGUGUGGUACGCCCUCGGGGUGUACGUGGAGCGCUCCUCCCUGGUUCUACACAAUGUCUUUCUGGGCAUCCAGUACAAGUUUGGCUGGUCCUGUUGGCUUGGCAUGGCUGGGUCCCUGGGCUGCUUCUUAUCCGGGGCUCUGCUCACCUGCUGCAUGUAUCUCUUCCGCGAUGUCGGCUCUGGGAGGUUCUACUCCUCUAAUUCCUGGAGGAAGACGUAUUCCCCUGGACUGGCCAUGGCGAACACGUACUGUCCAGCGUCUCGGACAGCGACCGCCAAAAUGUACGCAAUGGACACCCGAGUGUGAGGAGCAGGAAGGGGCGUGAGUCACGCUCUGCUUUGGUUUGGAACUGCUUAUUCACAGGCCUGAUCCCCAGGGUUUGGGAGCAGGGUGCCAAGUCGCAGAGAGGUGGAGACUGGUCUCUCUGAGGGCCAGCGCUCCCUGUAAGCUGAGCUCUUGGGCAUCCACCCAGGAGAGAGUCAAAGGCCCCCGAAUGAUUAGCCAGGCACCCACAACUGCCAGUCUGUGAUUAUCCUGGUGGUGCACAUCCACACAUGCCUCGGUGCAUGUAACAAAAUUUAUUCCACCCAUGGAUGGAAAAAAAAUUGGAGGGAUCACUCAUGAUAGCUUGAAAUAAAAUUAUCAUCGGCAACAAAACAAGAAAUCAGCCUCCGGGCAGGAUCCUAAAUGCAGGAAUCGCGCUGGGUCGAAUUCUGAGAGGUGCAAAAUACCAGCUCAAUUCCCUACCUCUUGCUGUGUGCAGCCUACAUCAGAAUUUGGCCCACUGACUUCACUGUGAGGUGAAAGGAAUCAGUUCUUUGCAGGGAUGAGCAACUACACGAUACAUAGAGAAACCAAAACUGUACGAGGAAGACAAUCCACAGAGCUAAUCCAUGCAUACGGUGCUGGCAGACCCAGGGGACGACGCAUAGGGACCUCUGCUGAGAGAAAUACGGGCCUGGCCAGGUGGACAUCUGGAAUCCAUGUAGACAGGGUGUGGGUGUGUUCUCUCCUUGAGAGCAUCGAGAGAUCAGCACGGAAGGGAACGGGCUGUACUAACCUGCACCCUCCCCUGCUGUCUGUGCCUUAGGGCUCGCCCACAAAUCACCAGCUGGAGAAAACACAGUAAGUUCAGAGGCGUUUUGCCCUGUGAAAUGCAACCCUCUUCACCAACGAUCGAGGAGCUAAUCAGUCAGCCUAUCUGGGAUUCCCAGUUGCCCAGAUCUGGAAAUCCUAAUUUAGUGCUUAACCAUUCCCUUACUGCUGUGAUCCAUCUUCCGGAGUUUGAUUUAGUGGGUCUAGUUAAGACUCGCUAAAUUGAACUCAGGAGGCGCCCCUAGCAGCAGCCUGAUACUACUGCUUCUGCAAGGAGUAAGGGAAGCUGACAGAAGCAUUUGCUGUGGGGGACGGUGGGGAAAUGCGAAACAAGGCGCACCAACCCAGCUACGUAAUUAAAGUAGCUGGAGUGGCAUAUCUUGAUUCGAUGGUCCCUUUUAGUACAGAUCUGGUCUGAGUCGGACAAGGACAAAUUGGGUGAGGAUGCAGAACAGGCUUGGCUCAUGAUGAACUUAUUAAUUAGGAGCUGGAAUCACCAACUGUAAAAAACCCUUUGAUCUGAACUCCCUUUAAAUCAAAACACCUCCUUAUCCAAUUCAAAGCUCUCUUACCGAGCAGAAAACUCUGCUGCCCUUACAUAGGACUUCGACGAGCUAGAAUUUAGGCUUGUCUUCACUGCGGGGGGAAAUUGUGGUUUUAACAAAUUAGCUUACGCAAGGUAAAGCGUGCGUGCAACUAGCUAGUGCAAGUUAAAGCACAAUUUUCAACACGGUUGCUGGCAGCAGAAGUUCAUGGGCAGGAGCCCCAAGUUUAAGUCACCUGGUUUAACACAUGUUAAGUCUACACAAGACUUUUAGAGCUCAUUAGUUGGCAUAUGUUGGUGCACUUUUUAUCCCAGGUGCUAGGCACUUCCCGUGACUAUUGGAAUGGCUCCCUUCGAUUCCAGGCACAUGCUGAGUGUCCGUCCCCUUGGUGUACAGAUACAGGUGCUUUCUGGAACACGACAAAUAGUUUUGUAAAUAUCCUCUCUGGUUAGUUUAUUUCCUUCCCUGUAAAUUGACAGUGAUUUCCAAUUGCAGCACACUCAAUAAAAUGGUUUUAUAAUAAAACAAUUUUGUUUGAACCA